AUGGUGAGUGAGGGUUGUGAGGAGAUAGCAGUACAAGACCUCAGUAGGAGCUCUUCAGAUGAGGAGCUCCUCGGGGCUCAGUACCGGGUCCUGAGGACCAUAGGUCAGGGGAGUUUUGGCCAUGUCAAAUUGGCCAAACAUCUCCUCACAGAUGCCCUGGUGGCCGUGAAAGUCUUAGAGAAGAGGGACAACCCCUUCAUUACCAGUGAGGUGGAUAUCAUGAAGUCUGUGGACCAUCCAAAUGUGGUCAAGCUAUUUCAUGUCAUGGAAACAGAAGAGCGAGUAUACUUGGUGAUGGAGUACCCGGGUGGGGGUGAUCUACUGAGGCAUGUCUUGCAAGUACUCAAGCUGCAGGAGGAGGAGGCCCGGCCCGUGUUCAGGCAGAUCGUGAGUGCCAUGCACUACUGCCACGAGAGUGGCAUUGCCCACAGGGACCUCAAACUAGAGAACGUCUUGUUGGACACAAGGGGCACCGUGAAGGUGUGCGACUUUGGGCUCGGCACGAGGGUCAUGCUGGGGGAGGAGCUGGACAAGGCGUGUGGCACGUUACCCUUCUGGGCGCCCGAGCUGUUCCAGCAGCAAAGUUAUGAUGGCCAUAAAGUGGACGUGUGGAGCCUGGGCGUGCUGCUGUAUUGCAUGGUGGUGGGCUAUCUCCCGUUUAGAGCCGGGACAUGGGGGAAGCUGCAGAAGCAGGUCCUGAGUGGCAGGUGCCGGAUUCCACCCCACAUCUCCCCAGAGCUGCAAAACCUCCUCACUCAGUUACUUACGGUUGACCCUGAGCGGAGGCCCACACUAGAGCAAGUGCUGGGCCACCGCUGGCUCAGACAGAUGGAGCCAGCAUCCCCACAGCCCAGUAGGACACCCCCAGAACAGCCAGAUGCAAGCAUUAUCAGGGUUAUGACAUACCUGGGGUACAACCCAGAGGAGGUCCGGGAUGCCCUGUUAGGCAGAACUUUUAAUGCUGCCAUGGGCACUUACCUGAUCCUGCUGCAGCAGCGGGACCAGGAGGACUGGGGUCGCAGCUGCCAUGGGAGGCACCCGCUUCCUGGGCCUCCGCCUUGCCCCUCACCUGUAGAUCCAUCCUUCUCCAUUGUUCUCCCAAAGACAGUAAGCGCUCCUGCGUGUCACCCCGCCACCUUCCUGCCCGCUAAGCACGAGAGGCUGGAGGGCAGCAGGAAAUACAUCAAAUCUGCAUCUGCCCCCUCUAUCUCCGGUGUCCCUUUCACAAGGGGCGCCAAGAGGGAGAUGGAGCCAGCAGCAGUGGAACCCUCCCUCCCCUCCGGUCAAGCCCGUGUUUGA